GAACAGGAACAAGAAGAAGACACAGGAAGCUCUGUUCAAUCGGAGGACAGUGAUAGUGAGGAUGAAGAUCUGAGCGAUACUGUUUUGCCUCAAAUGCCGAAAUCGGGAACGCGAAAAAAGCCAGCCCGUUCGAGGGGUGAUGGCAAUGAAGAAGAGAAGCACGAAGUGGAGCAAAUGGCGCCUGGCACUUCUGGCAGAAUGCCAACUCGUCGAAGUACGAGAUCAAUCGUGUUGUCGCAAAAUAGCGUGAACAAAACUCCGCAAAAAAAGGACGCGAAGCAGCUUGUAGCAUCUUCGCCAAAGCAGCAGCAGCUUCGAAGGUCAUUACGCUGCUCGGCGCCAUCAACAGUACUUCCACCUUCGGCCAGCACAGAUGCUCCUCGAACACGCUCUGCGCGUGUCAAUUCACGUGAAUGUCAAACCACAUCGGAUCGACAGAGCCGAGAAAUGAGCUCACUUGAUGUGGGCACUUCCUCCACUGCGGAAACGGCUGAAAAAUCGAUUGCGGAUAUCGUUUUGGAUAAAAGUGUCAUUGAACGUUACUGUAAACGUAUGGAAGCGGUUCGUCGUUCGGCACGAAAAAGCGAUAAAAAUGAAAUUUUCUAUGGUCGUUGCACAUCUCGUCGCAACCUGUUCGAUGAUGAUAGCUCCGAAGAGGGUUCUGUAAGAGUGGCAACACGUUCAGCCUCAUGCAUCCAGAAGAAUCGCAGUGGUCGCUCGGUGAAGACCAAUCGCGUAUACAUGGCGCAUGCAUUGCUGAACGUCUACAACACCGAUCCACUGAAUCCACCAAAACCACCAAAAGAAGGUCCAUUCAAAUUGCACCGCCUCAUCCGUCAAGCAUCAAAAUCGGACAAAAAACGAAUAAGCAAAUUCAGGCUUCGAAUUGCUCGCGAAAAGACAGGACUGGCUUCGACGACCAUUCCAUCGGAAGCCUCUGGAACGGCGAGCUCAUCCCAGAGCAUCCAAACAAAGUCUGAAAGCCCGGAAAUACAGCUCUCAAACGGAAGUGAGAAGCCCGUAAAAUUAGCCAAAGAGUUGUCGGACAAGAGCAGUAAUUUAUCUUCCUAUUCAAGAGAUUCAUCGGCAGAUAUUUUCAAGGAGCCAAGCUUCAAAAAGCCAUUCAGAAAAACGAGCAAAGUAAUGAAAAGUGCGGACACUGGAUCUGAAAUCCCUAGUGAUUUAGUAAAGGGAGGUUCAGGUGAUGCUAAAAGAGAAAUAUCGUUGGAAAGCGAAACAACAUCAUCUGAAUCAUCGAAAGUAGCUGGUGAUGUUAAUGGCGAUGUAGAAGGAGUAGCGAAAAUUGAAAGUCUGAAUGGGAAAAAUUCGAGUGAAGAAUUGCAGCAAAGCUCAAACGGAGAUAUAAUAAAAACAGAUGGAACGCAGUCUUCGCACAGUUUAGAUUCGGCUUCUGAAAAAUCAAGUGGAACAAGUAGCCCAAAAAGAAAGAAAGCUCGAAUGGGCUCUGGGAAACGAGAAGCCAGUUUGACAAGCUCAGCCGAAGACUCGACAAAAAUGAUCGAAAAAACAGAUGAGCAAAUGGAUUGUACGUGA